AACGUUAACAGCGUAGCGAUAAUUGGACAAUUCCAUCACUUAUCAAGCAUCAUUUUGAACACAACAGAGAGCAUGUGUUCUUUGAAGACACUGAAGGUCACCAGUAUAAGGGUUUGGAAGUUCAUAAGGCUGUAUAUCGAGCAGCAGCAUACCUACAAGAACAACUAAACCAUAAGAACGAUCAAACGAUUGGAUUCUACCUAGAGAAUGAAUGUUUGACUUAUUCAACGAUGCUCAAAGGCGCUGUGGUAUCUGGAAAUCAAAUGUUGGCUUUGUCUAACAGGAAUUCGGUACCUGCAUUGGCGCAUCUUAUCAAAAGCACGGAUACUCACAAUUUACUCUAUGGAGAUACCUCUAUCCAGCUAACGAACAAUGCUAUGGAAGUCAAGAGUAUUUUAACAAAGGAGGGAUUUGAAGUAAACUUAAUCAAAGCACCACCAGUUUCACUUUUGUUCCCAGAAGUGUCGGACAAAGAGUUCGACGCGCAUUUAGAUCCUCUACCAGCUAAAUUCGAAGACGACAAAAAAUCGCCCAUCAUCCUCCACUCGUCGGGUUCAUCAGGUAGCUUCCCAAAGCCUAUUUACCUUUCGAAUGAAACAAUUAGAAGUUGGGCAUUAUCGCACGAUAAUUCCAAUGCUCAAGACAUUUUGAGCUUACAAGGGAAGAAGUUCUACUCUGGUGCUCUUCCAACUUUUCAUGCAAUGGGAUUUUAUAGUCAAGUUAUUAGCAGUCUGUCUUCAACUGUAACAAUCGCAAUUCCAAAAGUGUCGCUUCCACCACCAUUCCCAACGCCCGAGUCAAUCAUAGAAAAUAUUAAGAGAACGAAUUCUGACAUUGCGAUCGUAGUACCAUCGAUCAUAGAAAAAUGGGCAGAAGACGCCUCUACGGUUGAAUUCUUGAAGACAUUAAAACUGCUUCUUUUUGGUGGAGCAGGUCUGUCAAGUAACAUCGGGAACAUGCUGACUGCAGAAGGUGUCCCUCUCCUUUCUGUAUAUGGUACUACCGAAACCGGACCUUCUUGCUCUUGUUUUACUAUUAGGAACUCCGAAAACAGUAAUGAGUGGGGUUACAGUAUAUUAAGCUCAAACCAUAAUGCCAGAUUUAUCGAUCAAGGAGACGGUUUGUUUGAACUUCAUUUCCUGAAUAAUGGCAAGCAUAUUCCAUCAGUUAACAACUUGGAUGAUGCGUUAGGCUAUAACACGGGCGAUUUAGUUGAGCGUCAUCCUUACAAGAAGGAUCUGUUCAAGAUAGUCGGUCGUUCAGAUUCUCAAAUAAUUCUGGCUUCUGGAGAAAAAACAAAUCCUGAGCCAAUUGAGCGCCUUAUCGAUUCGAAUCCUCUCGUAUCCAGAUCCUUAAUGUUCGGAAGACAUAGAACAUCUAAUGGCAUAAUUAUAGAACCAUCUUUCUCUAUCAGUAAUUCUGAAGAUUUUCUUGAUAGUAUUUGGCCUUCAAUUGAAGCUGCCAACGAUCAUGCUCCACAACAUUCGCGUUUACAAAGAUCGCUGGUCCUUAUAGCUACCGAGCCAUUCCCACUUACUCCAAAGGGCAGUGUUAAGCGCAAUGCUACAUUAGAAAUGUUUCAGGACGAAAUUGAAGCCGCUUAUAAUAAAGCAGAUGAAGCUGUUGCAGAGUCAGUACCAUUCGAUAUAAGUAACGUUCGCGCAUCGGUUAGCAAUAUUGUAAACUCCGUCAUGGGACAAUCUCUGGAGGACGUUGAUUUAGUUUCCCAAGGUUUAGAUUCAAUGCAAGCAACUAUUAUCCGUAACAAGCUCACAUCUGCACUGAAAGCAUUCAAGGACGUGAACUUGAAUGCUACUAUUGUCUUUCAACAUCCAAAAAUAACACUACUAUCCGAAUAUGUUGAUCAGAUCCUCAAUGAUGAUAAAAAGGAACUUUCAGAAGAAGAACUUGUUGAUAUGAAAGCUGCAGAGAUCAAUGCCACAAUUGAUAGACAUUGUGACACUAUCAAAGCUAAGGUUUCCAACAAAUGGGAAGAACCUGCUCGAGAAUGUAAUAAGGUCCUAGUUACUGGUACUACCGGUGGUCUUGGUGCUCAAUUGCUUGUUACUCUUAUCAGAGAUGCAACUGUCGAUCAUGUCUACGCUGUCAACCGUUCAAACGCCAUCAACAGUCUGAAGGAGCGCCAGAUUAAAGCCUUAGCCGAAAAGGGUAUCCCGGCGUCAGAGAUAGUCAACUCAACUAAAUUGACACUUAUCGAAGCUGAUUUAACUUUACCAGACUUGGGACUGGAGGAAAAGCAGUAUAGAGAAAUCGAGGAGGAAGUUGAUGUUAUUAUCCACAACGCCUGGAGAGUCGACUUCAAUGUAGCUUUGCAAUCAUUUGAGCCGGAUAUCAAGGGUGUUGUGAAUUUGACCAAUCUGGCUAUUACUUCGAAACAUGGCGCAGCUGUUCUGUUCACAUCAUCAAUUGGUAGUGUUUCACGUUGGCCUGUUGGUAGAGAAACCGUAGAGGAGCCACUAACUGACGCCAGAAUGGCAGUCGGAAUGGGCUACGGUGAAAGCAAAUUCGUCGGAGAACGAAUUCUGUCAUACGCAUCUUCUAAAAUUGGUUUACCAACGACGGUACUGAGAAUUGGACAAUUGUGUGGUGAUCGUGAAGUCGGAUAUUGGACUAGCAGUAACUGGGUGCCUGCUAUUAUAAAAUCGGGUGUAUCAUUGCACUGCUUACCAACCGGUGACGAUAUAAUCACUUGGAUCAGUCUCGACGACGCAGCAAAAGCGAUAGUUGAUUUCUCGCAUAACAGGAGAAGCAGCAAAAUACACGAUCUCCUUCAUGUCGUACACCCUCGUCCAAGAUCCUGGAACGAUAUCUUCAAGGUAGUCGUUAACGCGCUCAAUAAGAAGGGUAUUGAAGUCAUUUUGGUAGACUAUCAGACUUGGCUGAGCAAGUUGAAAUCAGAGGACACCUCAAAAAUGGUUGAAAAUCCAGCAAUCAAACUCUUACCUAUGUUUGAAUCAGGAGAGGUCUCUAACACCCGUAGAGAGUUCGUUGAAGCUAUGGGUAACCCUAUUCUGCAAACAGUCCGCUCUCAAGAAGCCUCGGCGACAAUGAGGUCAUGCAAAGAACUCAGCGACGGUGAUGUUCUCAAGUGGAUGGACAGCUGGUUCAACGAGCGUUUUAUUUAAUUUUUAUUUGUAAUACCCAAAACUAAAUAGAAUUGAC